AUUCAUCCAUUCGACAGGCUACUUGGAUCGCCUCCCCUUUUUAUCUCUCUAUCCUCUCUCGUCCCGACGAAAAGAGUUCAAGCCGCUUGUCCAUUUCGAAGGAGUUGUGAUAAUUUUCGAGGUCUUCAGUUGUAGGCGAAUAAUUCAUCGCCUGCUGCUGAACAUCUCCCACGGAGUGUAAUUACGACGUCAUCUCCGAACCCUUCGACAAGUGCUUGGGCACCACUAGACGACAACACCGUCUCUAGCCAUCUUGGACAUCUCCCGCGCCCAAGCUCCCCGGCCUUGUCGACGGCAUCUACAGCAGACGGCGAUCUCGACGACUACCUCUCGUCGCCCGUCUUGCCUUCUAUCCCGGCACCCAAGUUGUCGGAUAAGGCUGCCUCCUUGCUCAAGUCGCCUCCCCCGACAGCAACAACAGCAGCAGCCAACGCUGCUGCGUCUGGAGACUCGAGCCCAUUUGGCACCGCCAGCUGGGGAUCUCCCUACCCCAAAGAGGACGACAACCUUCGCGAUCGCAACACCGGCGACUACGACGAAGACGGUGACGACGACCUCUCCGACGACGAUACCCCCAUCCACCAGCUAGGACUCGACACCCGAUUCCUGCGGCCCGCCCCCGGUGACGAGCCCUUUAUCGACGAGUCGUCCUCCAAGCCUACCCUCAGCGCUGCUGCCGCCGUCCUCGCCAACCGAGUUCGACGCAACAACGCAGGCCUCAAAGAGGAGUGGAUUCGCGCACACACCGCCGGCGACACAAACGCCGAACCUCGCCUCUGGUUUAGUGACGGAAGCGAUAGUGAGCACUCUUCAGUGAGCGGCUCCGAUUUAGCCUGGAUCGACGACACCGGUCUCCAAACGCCUAGGAAUAGCAGCACCCAUCGCUCUAGAUCCGCCUCGAAACAGCCCUCGCGCCAUCCUCGCGGUCGAUCUAGCGUCGAAACGCUCAAGCCAGGCAACUUUCAACGAAGCAAGCUGGGCAAUCAACCAAGCAUGUCUGCCGACGCCGAAUCCCCGGCGCGCGCAGCCCCUAUAACCACAGCACCAGCAGCAGCAGCAACUGCUACUACUACAUCAACAGCCGAAACCAACGGUGCUUACACGGCUAACCCCGAAAUGACAGCUCCCAAGGAAGCAGCCGUCGCCACAUCUACUACUACUGCUGCUGCUGGUGAUGUCGUUGAUGCCAAGGCGGCGGUUCCUCGUCCCAGCACACCCACCGAAAACAACGCGCGCAAAUCCCCCGCCGACGUUGCUCUUCCCGUUACACCCAAGAUUCACAAGCCCCUGCCGAGGGACCCUCCUAUUACGCCCAGAGUUACAAAAAAGGUCCCCUGGAAGGGAAAGAAGAUCAACAUCUUGAUCCCUCGCGAUGAGGACCGUGGCAAGCCCGGUAAGACGCCUAGACCUCUGCGAUCAGACGAGGUCGACAGAAUGUUUAAAGACUGGAAGGAGUUUGGAUACUCAGUCGACGGCUUUGAUUUGCUCGUAGAUGGCUUCCACCCUCCCGGCACAGAUGACUCGCAGAGCAGAGCUGACUGGCCAUCCCCCGAGGAUAUGGCCCGCGAACGCGGCGCUCGCAAGUUUAAGGUCCUACUGCCCGAUUUGAAUGCUUGGGCCAAUGAGAUGUUGGAGCUCCAAGAAGCCAAACUUAGAGCGCUUGGCGUGUCUGGUGCAGAUGAGGAGCCAACCCCAUCAAUGUCUCCCAUCACAUCUGAUGCCUCUAGAAUCGCGUCUGGUCAAUACCCGGCUUUGCCCUUCUCGCCGCCUCUACCAACCUCAUCAGCUUCCAGCAACCACGCUCUGGCUGGCUUUCCUUUCCACCCACAGUUCCUUGCCGGUAGCAUCUCGGCGUCCCAAAGCCCUGGUAUCCCAACCGGUGCCUCGCCUAUUCCAUUUGGCAUGCCUGGAAAGUUCAACCCUCGCCAAUCUAUUUCUCUCCCUGCUAGUGCUUCGCCUUUCCAAGUUUGGCCUAACCAGGCUGCCAUGAUGCAGGGAAUGAACAGAAUCGACUCACCCGGUCUUGUCAGCUUGAACGGCAUGAUUUCGCCUGCGCCAUACGGCAUCGAAGGCUUUCAACAGUCCGCUAGCCCUGGUCUUAAUGCUCACGCGAGACGCCAGAGCUUGCAGUACGUUAACCCUCAGCAGCUUAACGCUCCCUCACCGCAUCUCGAAAAGGUCCAGGAAGCCGAGGAUGAGGGCCAGGCCGACAGCAGCAAGAGCGCGUCCAAGACACCCGAACCGCUCAACAAGUCGCGCAAGCAGUCGCAGCUCAACCCCCAGAGCGCCGAGUACCAUCUCGAGGAGCAGUUCCGCAACCAACUCGAUCACGAAGACUACAACCCUCACAACGCCCAGUCCCACUCCCGCCACGAAACCCUGGCGUCUCUUCACGAGCGCCAGGCCUCUGGAAAUCUGCAGGUCUCCGAGCACUUUGCUAAUGACCAGGCUCAACCUGUUGUGUUGCACCACCCUCGCCCACAUAGCCGUGGCCAGUCGCUGACCCAGAACUUCUUUGACGGCAACGCUCCCAGCGCAUUCGAGCCUCUUAACCAGAUCCCCGAGUCCAAGGCCGAUGUCGACGCCAACGAGCAGUACGAGAUUGAGACGAAUCCCAGCAACCUUGGAACGCCGGUACAAGACUUCAACUUUGCGGCUGUUCUUGCGCCGCCCCAGCGAGCGACUUCCACUGGUAGCAACCCGUGGCAAGACAGCUCCAUGGGCAACGGCACCCGCAAGACCAGCGGCGGCAAGCCCACCUUUUCCAAGCUCAAUGUCAAGGCUCCGGAAUUCAAGUUCAACCCCACGAGCAACUUUACUCCUGGCGCCUUUAGCUUCUCUGGUGCUAGUGCCAGCUUUGAGCCAGCCGUCUUCACCGGUGCCAACACGUAUGUUGAGCCUGAACCCGAACCCGAGUCGGACCUUGAGCUUGUGCCCGCACCCUCUCAAUUUGGUUCCUCCUUUACAAACUUCAACGCCGCCAUUCCUUCUUUUACUCCUGGAAACAGCACCUUCAGCUUCUCCACUUCUGGUCCCAAAUUCAGACCCGAUGCUCCCUCGUUUACACCGUUCCAAUCGCUCGGCAGCAACGGUGGCUUCCAGUCAAGACGCACCGACUCCAUCUUUGGCAAUAUUGUCAUUGAUCCGGAGCUGCUGCAACAACCCUCGCGCUCGUCCAGGGCCAUUCCUAUUGUGAAGCCAGAGGCCAGCCCGGCUAUUCCUGAAGAAGAGGAUGGUGAUGCCAUGUACGAUGGAGACGGCCGCCUCACCAACGAGACCAGAGCCAAGCGCGCCAGAAGCACUGCUCCUACAGACGCAGACCUCUUGCUUGCUAGCCCCAUUCACGAGUAUGAGUCGGACAGCGCCAACAUUGUUACAUCGUCGGCUCCUGUGCAGAACAAGGACAGUGAAGCGGACAAGCCCAUCAAGUCUACAGAAACCGUUGCUCCUGCCAAGGACGUAUUACCAGAAGAGGUUAUUACACCGAGAACCAGCCUUUCUAGCAAGCUCUGGAACGCGCUCCUCAACAGAAGCACCGACAAGCCUGUCCUCCGCAGAAACGACUCGAUCGAGAUGGAAAAGAGCCAGGGCCAUAAGCACAGGAGAUCGCUCUCUGCAUCCGCACCAGUCUUUAUGCCUGGCGCUAGUGAAUACGGUUCACCAGUUACUGACUCUAAGGGCAACGAAACACCCACCUCUCCUCUCAAACAAAUCCACUCACCCGCUCCUGAAGAGGCUCCCGCCAAGGAACCUGCUGUUGAAGAGAAGCCCCAACCCACGGUUGAGGCUGAACCUGCGCUGUCCAACUCCACCACCUCCAAGCCCACUCCCGACGCGUCGGACGCAGGACGGGCAUCUCCCAAACCCAAGCGCAAGGGUCUCGCCGCUUCCAGAUUCGCCAAGGAGGCUCCUGUUGUGGCUCCUGCUACGCCUGUAUCCAACCCCGACGAUUCUUUGCUGCUGCCUUCUAGUACUGGUCCUCUUAUUGAUCUUGCCGAAUCCAAGGAAACCAUCGCCGCCAAGCCCGAGAGCCUGGAUGCCGAUGGCGAGCCUACGCUCGAAGAGAUUGAUGCCAUUAUGCAGCACAUGAAGACGGAUCCUUCCAAGGGCGUCAACAAGGUGGUGAGCGCCGCACCAGUGCUUACCAACCCUUCACCUACCAAGUUCCCCCCCUCUCUGGAGCACAUCAAGUCCAAGUUGUCUGCUACUGCUGUCGAAUUCACACCGAGCGCACGAUCAUCUGGUCACUUCCACAACCCCAACCUCGAGGAUCCGUUUGUUGAUUUUGGUUCCUCCCUUAACCAGCACCAUCAACAAGAACAGCAACACCACCAGCAACAGACUGUCUUUAGCCAGGUUGACCACUUUGCGCCCCUACAGCAUGCUGCCUUUGGCCACAGCACACAUGCCACCGAGGACUACACGCAGCACGCCGACCCCUAUGCUGCCCCUAAGGAUUUCGGAAUGGACGACGGUCUUGCCACAAGACUGGAGUCCAUGGAGAAGAUGCUGGCUUCGCUGCAGCACUCUCUUACCUCGCGAUCUCGCCAUGGCGCCUCCUCGCGCAGAGACACUCGCAGCCUGUCUGGCCGCGAUAGCGACGCCGACGAUGAGGAUGAUGAGCAGCCUCAUGCCCAGCGCUCUUCCAGCCCACGCAAGGACCGCAAGAUGGAGCAAAUCAGAUUUGCCGUCAUGGAAGCUCUUGCUGCUCAGCCUCGCGAGGUGGCACCUGCUACCACUGCUACCAACGAACACAGCGAGGCUGUCAUGAGUGCCUUGGAGGACAUCAAGACGCGCUUGUUGACAACGUCUGCAUCCGCCAUCGGUCGCUCGUCCGAGGAUGGAAGCCGCUCUUUGGAAGCCGAUACUCCUACCCUUGGCUCUGACGUUGAUAUGAUCAAGAAGAUGGAUGAGCUGCACAACAAGGUUGGCGACUUGGACCAGAAGCUGUACUACGAGCAGACCCGAGUCGAAGAGCAGAUCAAGCAACGCCGUGCUGCUGAGGAAGCCAUGGAAGAGCUUACCAAGAAGCUGCACGCUGCCGAGACGCGUGUCGAGGUCGAAAUCAUCAACAAAAGCGCUUACGACUCUCGUGUGGCUGACCUUGAAGAGCGCCUUCGCCAAAUGGAGGAGAAGAGCGAAGAAGAGGCCAACAUGCGUCGCAGCACUGAAGAGCGUCUUGCUCAGUCUCAGAGCCAGCUCAAGGUUGCUUCUGAAGAGGAGGCUCGCCUGCGUGAGGUUGUUGAGAAGAAGGAGCACAAGAUUCGCGAGCUGGAGCAGCACAGUGGCAAGAAGACUACGCGCAUGGCUGUCCUGGAGGCUGCCCACAACACUGCUACACAAUCCAAGAGCGAUCUUGCCAACAAGCUGAAUGUUCUCGAAACCGACCUGCGCGAGGUCCGCCAGGACAAUGCCAACCUGCGCACAGAGGUUGAGCGUGCUGAUGAAAAGGCCCGCAGCACCGCGGCUGACCUGGCCACCGCUCUCGAAGACAACAAGCGUCUCCAGCAGUCUCACAUCUCUAUCCAGGUCCAGCUGGAAGAGAACGAGCGCCUUCGCGAAUCAUGGCGCGGCAAGCACGAGACUCUGCAGCAGACCAUGGCCGAUGCUGCUCGCGACAUUGCCGAGGAGACGGCCCGCCGCAUCAAGAAGGACGAGGCUACUCUUGCUCGUCAGCAGCAGCUCGACGCCCACCAGGAAGUCUUGGAUGCCCGCCUGCAGGCCGAGGCCAAGACGCGCGAGAGACUGGAAGUCGAGAUGGAGCGUCUGCAGAACAACGAGCGCUCUGGUAUCCGUGCCGUCAAGGAGUGCCAGCGUCUGGAGACUCUGCUUGUCGAGAUGCGCAACGACAACCACAAGCUGCACCAGCUUGCUGCCCAGUCUAAGCGCGAAUCCGAAGAGGCUCGCGAGGGUGGCUCGCUCAUCCUGGAGAGGACCAAGACCAUUAUGCAGAUUGAGAUGGAGGGUCUUCGCCGCCAGCUGCAGGAGCAUGUCCAGAAGCACCACGGCAUUGUCCAGGAGCACAAGAAUGAAAUCGAAAGCCACCGUGCGGAGAUUGAAGGCUACAAGGCUGAGAUUGAGAGCCACAAGGCUGCCGUCGAGAACCACCGCGCUCAAGUUGAGGAUCACAAGACGAGAGCCGAUGGUGUCCGUGAGCGCAGCGCCUCCAUGCUUGAGACUGCUGCCGCCUCUAGACAGCAGGAGGCUGACGAGCUCAAGCUUGCCCACUCCGGCGUCAUUGACGACCUCAAGCUCGCCCAGAUCACCAUUGUCGAAGACCUCAAGAGCAGCCACGCUGCCACCAUUGACGACCUCAAGGCCACCCACACUUCUACUAUUGACGACCUCAAGGCCACCCACACUUCUACUAUUGACGACCUCAAGGCCCAGCACGAACGCCAGCUGGCCAACGCUGUUGAGGAUGGCCAGCGCGCGGAGCAAGCCCUCAGCGAGCGUCUUGGUCUGUCUGCCGAGAAGCUUGACCACUUGACCGACAAGGUUGCCCACCUGCAAGACCGCAACGACCACUUGGAGGAGAAGCUUUCGGUCGCCAAGCAGGCUGCUGCCGCUGCUGCUGCCGCCGCCAAGAGUGCCGGUGUCGAUACCCGCGCUCUGGCCUCUGUUCCUGUUGCUUCGCCUGCCGCCCCUGUCAACAAGCAGCUCGAGCUGCCUGAGAAGAUUUCGCCCCAGGCCCUGCGCGAAUCCAUCAUGGUGCUCCAAGAGCAGCUGCAAGCCCGCGAGCAGCGCAUCGAGGAACUCGAGCAGACUGUUGCCAAGCUCGACCCUGAAGCGCCCGUCAAGAUUUCCAAGCGCGACGACGAGAUUACCUGGCUGCGCGAGCUUCUUGCUGUUCGCCACGGCGAUCUUCAGGACAUUAUUACUGCGCUGUCUACUGAACAGUUUGACCGUGAGAGAGUCAAGGAUGCUUCCAUCCGUCUCAAGGCCAACCUUCAGAUGGAGGAACAGGAGCGUGAGCGUGCAAUGAACGGUGGCUCGGCUAUUAGCCUGCCCAACAUUGCUGCUGGCCUUCAAGCUGCCACCCCUCGCGUUGCGCAGGCUGUUGGCUCAGGACUCAAUGCCUGGGACCGCUGGCGCAAGUCAAGCCAGCCUUUUCUUUCGGGUGUCCUGAGCUCGCCGUCUGGAUCUGUGCAGAGCAGCGGCACACCGUCGCGCAGCAAGUCGUCGUCCUUUAACCUGUUGACACCGCCUGCCUCUGGCCGUGCCCAACCCACAGCAUUCUCUAGUACUGGCCGCCGCUACCCUUCGCAGAAGCUUGCAGUGAACCGCGUCCGCUCCGAAGCCCCCGAAACGUCGUCUGAUGCUGUCGCUGCAGUCGCCGAGGCCGACGAAGCCGAAUCUACUACUAUCGAGGCUGGCCCUGCGCCGGAAGCCGAAGCGCCCAGCACGCCGCCCAUGACGGUACAGAGCGGCUACGACUCUGACGCGCAGCCUGGCGACUUUGACGAAAAUGACUUUUUCGAAGAUUGAUUAGUCUAGUCUUGUCGACCUACCACUCUACACAUACUAUACCUCUAUUUCCUUUGUCUUUUGUUUUUUGUUUGUCUCUCUUGUUAUUUACCACGGCAGAGCAGCGUUUCGACAGCACCAUUGUCCAUCUAGACUCGUCUCUACAGCAAUCUUUUGAUUCUCUGUGUCAGACUCGACUUUGGGUGUUGCCCAGCUUUUUCACCUCGCCUCAGCGACAGACUUGCCCAACGGCCUACAUACUUAAUUCUGCACCACUUUUUGCCCCAGAUUGCCCCGCGCUCCUCUUUAGAAAGAAAAGAUACCCCGGAGAAAAAAGGAGGACCUUGUUUUUUUUAUUAUAUAUAUAUGCUGCUUUUUGUUUUGGGGCAGCAAAGGCCGCAUUGGGUGCCGUCACUGGGAUGGUUUCUGGUGGUGGGCUUUUUGUGGUUUUUUUUUUCUUGGGGCUGGUUUUUGGUUUUUGUUUGUGAAAAAUUGUGCGCUGCAUUCAUUUGGUGUGUGUUUAUAUAUAAUAUUGUUGUAAUCGACGCUCCUUUUUUUGUUUUGUUACUUGAAGUGUUUUUCUAUUUGUUCUUUUUGGAUAGCGAGCAUGAAUAGAUUGGUUACAAAGAUUGUGUGUCUUCACCGUGUGUGAAUGUGAAUAUGAAUGUGAUGUUGUCCGUGAAUGUGUCUAAGUGUGUACGUCUAUAAAG